UUUGAUGUAAAGUGAUGAAUGAAUAACUGGUUGUUUUAACAAAAGGAUCUUAAAUACCACAGGCUAUCUUUCCACUUGUGCCAGACAUGGACGACGAGGCAACCCCUAAACGGGAUAGUGCCGUUGACAUAUCAUAUCCAGUCUCCAGUAACUCUGACGGAGAGUCAAAACCAUCAGAAUCAAGCCAGGCUUCCACACAGUUUCUACAACCUUUGGUAACUGGGGAAACACCAUGGAAUAACGACAAGCAACGACUUCGACCUCGUACUUCCCCCAUCCCGUUUCAUCCACUCCCACCCGGUGGUCGCCCACUCACUACUCUUCAUUUGACAGCCCAACUUUCGACCAUCCUUCUUCCGCCAAAAGUUCCUCCAUGUCAAACAAUUUUAUCGCCACCACAGACUCCAGUUACACUAUCAACCCGAAAGAAGGAAAAUAGACCUAGCUGGGACGACAACUUUGUUUCCGUUGAAGGAAUGAAAGUAGGAUCCCGAGGAAUACCGACAAAGGUCGUCGACCGGAGCUAUGAAGAAAUUCUACAACGUCGAACACCUCGAGAGGAUGACACUCCAAAAGUAUCCAAGAAGCAAGAUAACAAUGCACAUGAACAGCAUAGUUGUGGCCGCAUACAGAGUGAUCCGACUCCUUAUGCUCGCUCCUGUACUUCCCGUGUUCUCUCUGGAACGUUUUCGAGAGAUGGGAUUCGAUUAGUAGAGAUUCCAGCAUCCACCACGAGGAAGUUGUCAUUCAACACCGUGAAUGAGGAUGGAUUUUCUGAGACAUCUGAGGAAGAGGACGGGGCAGUUGCAGAGUUUGGACUGUACGCGACGGCACAUUCCGAUAAUUUCAAAGAUAGUACUGAGAGUAAAUCGGAGAAAAUAUCAACUGGAGGGCAUCCUUUUACGAAAUGCUCAAAGCCUAAAGAUGACAUGCAAAGGAGACGAGAACAGGCGUUUGGUUUGGUCAUUAAUGGGUGUAAUGUUAAAGAUGAAGAUUCGCCGCUGUCCGCCCAAGAGGCGUUGCAGGAACCAAUAUCAGUCGCUAAUACCCUCGAGCCGCACGUUACAGAGCAAACUCCUUCAAACAACGAUCAAGACCAGCAGCCACAAACAAUAGAUACUCCCGGGGAGCACCUUGUUGAGGACCUGCCGUCUGCCGAGGAAAGUACCACCUCGGACUCCCAGCAAUUCCAGUCCACCAUGCCAAUUACACAGUCAGGCGUCCUCGACUCCAUCAUCGACAAUGACUUGAUACAAGGGGAUUUAGUGGGAUGGACAGAAGUAGGCCAGGACGUUUUUUCCGCCUUCCAUCAAGCCCAGGCUCGUCGUUUAGGUCGCGCACGUCGUGAUGAUGCAUAUCGCCAGCAGCUGCACACUCCUGCCAAGGCCAAUGUCGCAUUCGACCAACCUGGCGAAGUACAUUCAAAAGCUCUCCCAGUUGUUCAAAGCAAUUCUAUUUCACAUUCAACGUCCGUAGUAACAGAGGAGCCACUCCACCCUCUCGCGCGACACGGGUAUACUACCACAUCCACUUGGAAAGUUAAGAAAGACAAACGAAUGCAUCUACGUCCUGAGGUUGACGAGCGAGGCAAGAUUACACGGAAAUCUCGAACUCGCCCGGCCGAACCUACCUAUAAAGAUGGCUACCUGUUUGACACAAACUUGCCUCUCCGUCUCAAUUUUGUCCAUCCAAUCCUUCUCCCCGAUGGGACGGAAAAAGAAGAUGAUGGCAUACCAUCCGACAGUGACGAUAACGUAUCAUCCACGGGUGAACCUUGUCGACCAGUUCUACCUGAUCCAUAUGCCGAACCACUCAACCAAACAAUGCUCGAUCUACCGGAAGAACGGGCAACGGAAAGUCCCUGCCCUGAGCCUCCACAGCAAACGGAACCUGUCGAAGAGGUUCGUCCCCCAAGUGCAGAAGCAGGUGCACUUGCCCCCGCCGUCGAAUCUCCCGAAAUAUUGACAGACCCCGCCACAGCCCAAUGGCGACACCAAAGAAACGUGGCCGCCCUUACCAUGAAGGAGUUGAAAAAGAUUUUUCCCCCUUUGAUGAAGCAAUACCUGGGACGACGACGGUCGGAUACAAAAGGAAGGGCGCGACAUGCUUCCAAAGAACUCUAUGAACCUCAACCCCAUAACAAGAGAAUGAUACCGCCAAAACCUCGCCAUCGUCAUUCCCUGCUGGCAGGGAAUGGCAACAUUGGCUUACAGCAAACAAUGUGGAAAACUAUGGAUGCGGAAUUUCAGGCACAGGGAAAGCAUGUGCAUUGCGACUUUGGUUCAACGCGGUUGCCAGGCCUCGCCUUAUCCAACCCUUCAUUGUCCGACUACAGCUCAAGCCCGCUGAUCGUACCCUUUGGUCAAUCGCACAGCAAGCAACUGACAAAAGGAAGCAGCGAGCCUCAUUUGUCAUUGCCCUUUAGCAUUUCCUUGCCAACGCUAGUGCACCCGUCGGAAAAGUAUAGGUUCAGAGUAAAACAGGCCUUACCGCACCAUCCUGCGAGGAAGAAAUGUCUUGACCUUCAGACCCGUACCUUGUCAGAUCCUAGUAUUUCAUUAUCGCUCUCGUCAUCAUUAGCAUUGAUGCGGUCGAAGCAGGCUAGUAACAUUGAAGGGGCCAAUCGUCCACUCAUGUUUCCAGCAAUUGUGAGCGGUGAAUUAGGCUAGAAACUGCGCUAAGUUGGAAAGGCAUAUGUAGUGUAUUAGAUAGGAUUACUCAAAUAGCCAUCAUGCAGAGACCAUCUACUAUCUAACGAAUACAUACAGCUAACAGUA